AGGUUGUUCCUGAUGUUUUUCUUGUGAAAUGUGCAGAAGAUGAUAGAAGAAUGGAGAAAGGAGACUUACAUUCAUUAGACAGCACCUUUUCUUACAUCUACAGUUGUGAUCUUGACCUUCGACUAUGGAUCAAAAUUGGGAGCCUUGAAGGAGAGGUUGGAAAGCCAGAUUUUGAGGCAAUUCUCGAUAAGCCUUUGCUGAGACUGUCAGGGCUUCAUGAAGAGGAGAAGCCAAGCUUCCACAUUACAUGCCAGAUUUCCUGCCAAGAUGGUACUCUCAACCAUUCUGUUGUGACACCUUACAAGUCCUUCUCUUCACGAUGGAGUUGGAAUGAGUGGGUGGAGCUACCAGUGCGAAUCUGUGAUAUGCCAAGAGAUGCAGAACUCAGGUUUCAAAUUUCUGACUCCUUUGGCCCUCGAGGCCUCAGUCAGAUUGGGAGUGCCCAAAUCAGUCUCUUUGGAAAGAAUGGACUCCUUAGAGAAGGCAUUUAUGAUCUUCAGGUCUUGAAACCUGGAGAUGAGAGCAUGACCUCAUCCUUGACUGAGAUGAACCGCUUGGCUAAGGUUGUUUGGUUAUGGACUAAGCUGAUCUCCUGUGGUACACAAUGGUUGGUGAAGAUGCAUCAUCGAGGUGGGAUCCCUAAAGUGGACUGGAUGGACAGACUGACAUUCCGGGAAAUAGAAAUGGUGAAUGAGAAGGAGAAACGACAUUCCAAUCACAUCUAUCUCAUGAUCCAGUUCCCAUCAUUUGAGGUAGACAGGAAGCCAUGUGGAGUGGUGUACUAUGAGCCAGAUGGAGAUGACGUUUAUCCUGUGCCUUCACAUUCCUUCCAUGUUGAUGACCCAGAACUGCUUCUUGAUAAUGUGGUGGAGAACAAGCAUCAGAAACUGGCUCGGUCUCUGAGGAGCGGAUUGUCAGAUCGAGACCUGAAACCAAAUGCUUCUAUCCGGGAUGCUUUGCAUAUCAUGUGCCUGUAUCCACCAACAAAGCCCCUGGCUGCUGAGGAGGAGGACCUCCUCUGGAAGUUUCGCUUCUAUCUCGUUUCCAACAAAAAGGCGCUAUCAAAGUUCCUGCAAUGUGUGCCUUGGACUAUGCCUGAAGCAUCCAAGCAAGCAUGUGAUCUCUUGUUGAAAUGGGCUCCUGUGAACCCAGAAGAUGCCCUGGAAUUCCUCACUCCACGGUUCCAUCAACAAGCUGUACGCCGAUAUGCUGUGGCCCGCCUCAACCAAGCUCCAGAUGAUGUCUCAUCCUCUUGUGUUUCCUUUUCUUUGAAUUCUAUGUGUAUAGCUUUGGAUAGUUUUCAGGCGAUUUUGAUUUCAUUUCAGGACCUCCAGUUGUAUCUGCUGCAGCUGGUGCAGGCACUCAAGUAUGAGAAUUAUGAUGUCAUAAAGUCCUGCCUGGUAUCAUCAUCAUCUCCUGUGUCUACAUUGGGCCACGUUGGAGAGGGUUCUGAGAAGGAAGAGAGUGGAGAUGAAGGUGGGGAGAAAAAGGAUGAGGAGAAAGAGAGAUAUGAAGGGAUUGAUGAGGACCAAGACCUUGAUCUAGCCUCCUUUCUCAUUCGUCGUGCUUCCAACAACACUGCUCUUGCAAACUAUUUAUACUGGUACUUGAUGGUGGAAUGUGAGGAAGGAGGGGGAGAAGGAGGAAAGGUGGAAGAAGCCAGUCCUCAGUCCAUGUACAUCACAGUCAUGAAGAGAUUCUCUCAGUCUCUCAUUCAAGGGAUAUUCCUGUUGAUGAAGGCUGUGAGGCUGUUAUUACAGGAACAUCGCUGGAGGCGCACAAUGCUCUCCCGUCAGCAGAAAUUUGUGGACCGCCUGGUGGUGAUCCUGAGAAACUUGGCCAAAGAGGGUGGGAAUAGGAAGAAGAAGAUUGAACGCCUUCAAGGGAUCCUGGGGGACUCAGAGUCACACCGUUGCAUCCUGUCUUCAUCAGACCCUCUUCCAUUUCCUCUUGAACCUAAUGAACUUGUUCUUUACUAUUCCUCAUUGAUGCCAGCCAAGCUUGCCUUCUCCAUGGUGGAUGGUGGAGAAUUUGUCGCCAUCAUGAAGCAAGGAGAUGACCUGCGACAGGAUCAACUCAUCCUUCAGAUGAUCAGCCUCAUGGACAAACUCCUUCGUCGAGACAAUCUAGAUCUCAAGCUUACUCCAUAUCGUGUUCUUGCCACCAGCACAAAGCAUGGAUUUGUGCAGUUUAUUGAAAGUGUGCCAAUCGCAGAAGCUCUCACGUUGGAUGGAAGCAUUCAGGGUUAUCUUCGACGCCAUAAUCCUUCAGAUUCUGGUCCCUAUGGAAUUUCUGCAGAUGUACUUGAUAACUAUGUCCGCAGCUGUGCGGGCUACUGUGUCAUCACAUAUCUCCUUGGUGUGGGAGAUAGGCACCUGGACAAUCUCCUCUUGACAAGGAAUGGGAAGAUGUUCCACAUCGAUUUUGGCUACAUCCUUGGCCGGGAUCCAAAGCCAAUGCCACCACCUAUGAAGCUGAGUCGGGAGAUGGUGGAGGCCAUGGGAGGCCUCUCCUCAGAACAUUAUCAACAGUUCCGCAAACAGGCCUACAUUGCCUUCCUCUCACUCAGGAGGCAUGCAAACCUGAUUCUGAAUCUCUUCAGCCUCAUGGUGGAUGCUAGUGUACCAGAUAUCACCCUUGAACCAGAUAAGACCCUUCGGAAAGUCCAGGAAAAGUUUCGGUUGGACCUGACUGAAGAGGAAGCGAUCCAGUAUUUACAAGGUGUGAUUGAUGUCUCUGUCUCAUCUGUGAUGCCUGUCCUUGUGGAACAAAUCCACAAAUUUGCUCAAUAUUGGAGAAAGUGAACGUUGCGAUUCAUAGGAUAAUAUUAAUCAUUUUAGGAAUAAAUUUAAUUUGUUACAC